AUGGAAGUAGAGGAGAUACAGGGCUCGAGCAUUAAUGAGGAGGUGAGGAAGGAUAAGGCAAUAAAUGAUCGUGUAGAAGGAAAAAAGAAUGAUGGUGUGAGUAGAGAUAAGGAAAACCUUGACCCACAGAGUGGCGUAGGUCAAGACAAGAGUAGGGUACAAGGAAGUGAGGUUGUGUUUGGGGCUGGAACGGGCCAAGGCCCAAAAUCAAAUCGGAUAAACCAAAAAGGGUGGAAGUCUGGGAAUGGGAAGAGUGGUUUGGUGGGCUGUCCCAAGCAGGUGAAUAAUAACCGGCCCACUUGGGGGCUUGUCUAUGGCCCAACUACAGGAGAGGUUGAACUCUCUGAGUCAGGGAAACGCCUCCGUGUAGAGAGAUCGAACGUAGGUCGGGCCGGGAAAUCUGUGGUCGCGGAGGGGCUGGCUGAGCAGGAUGGUGGAGCUGGGUCUCAGGAUCGGAACGGAAGUUUGGUGGGAGCUCCUCCGGUUCACACGCACGAGAGCCCGAGCACGGAAAUGGCGGAUCAAGGAAUCUCUAUGGCGAUUCCGAUUGUGAUCAAUGGAGCUUAA